UGGUGUCGGUCUCCUAGCAACCGCGAACGGUUGUCCACCUGCUUAGUUGAAGACGCUGAAGCCCUUGAAAGUCCCUCCGCUGUUAACUUUGAGCGACCGUACCCUAUAUUAAUCCCACUAUUUUUUUUUUUAAACAAAGGAGGAGAGCUGAUGAUUGAGAAGCUCAGUCUGACUUGUGAUGGACGGCUGUCACACCGACAGCUCGCAUGUUGUCACUCUUAUUGUGGCCUGCCACUGGAUGGCAAGGACAUGCUGAUUUACAGCAAUGUCGACAAAAAGCUGGAGCCACUGCUGCUCACAGGCCACCAUGGUGAGAUCAGUGCCAUGACUUUUGGAAAAGGUAGCAGACCUGUCCUCCUCUGCUCUGCCUCUGCUGACUAUAUCAUCGUCUGGGAUAUUGAACUGUGCCAGAAGAGGACACAGGAGGGUAAGGUUGCGGCAGGAACAGUUAUCGGGACUUCGCUGGGUGAAGUCGUUCAUCUUGCAUUCUGUUUAUCUGAUGAACGAGUGGCUGCGUGCUCAGGAGCAACUGUGUAUGUUCUGAGCUCAAAGAGACCUGAUGUAAUCUCUACUUUGACAAGCCAUCUCGGGCCCUUAACAUCAGCAGAGUUCUGUCCCUGGAAUAAAGACAUUCUUGUCACUACAUCAGAGGAUCGCACUUUUAAGGUGUGGGACUUAAAAACUGAAACUGUUUGCUACCAGUCUUUUGUGCUUUCAGCCUCUCCACUGCUCAGUGUGCUCUUCCUGGAGGAGAACAGGCACCUUAUCACCGGCUCAACUGAUGGACAGGUGUGGUGCUUUACUCUCCCUGAUGACCACAAGUGUCACCUUGUGACCAAAAUGGACCUUCAGAAGAUGGAAAAAAGACAUCAAAUGCACCAGCUGGCUAUUAGCUAUCCAACAGGAUGUGCAGAGCAGUCAACUGUGGAUAAAGUGGAGACUUCGAAGCCUGUGCUCAAAAUGGCUUCAUGUAGCUCACUCACUGACACCAGAAGUGUGCAUGAAAAGAACAACAGCUGGUUAUGUAUUGGAAGCUCUGAUGGCCUGUAUGUGGUGGAUCUGGCUACCUCAGAACUCUUAAGAGUUCUUUAUUUCAAAGAUUACCACAGCCUGAGCAUCACACUGGCUGGGUCGUGGUCAAUCUCUUCAGGGUGGGAUAACUCUAUGGUAUUUUUAGUGAGCUCUUUGUUUACUCCAUGCGUGGUCCUGCUGGAGUUAUGUCUGUCUGAGCUAGGGAGGAACUGGGCUUGUGGUGAAGGCUUGUCGGUGUACCCGAGUUCUCCUCUGCUGCCUGAAUCUCCUCUGAAUGUUGCAUUCAAGAAGAAGGAGCCUAAUCUUCCAAAAAAGAAAGGGGGAAUAAAGGAGCAGCCUCUGGUUUUCCAUUCAAAAGUGAGAUCGUCUGGAUAUACCAGUGCCCCGAGAAGAAUUAUGUUUUCACCUAAAACAAAUAUUCAGAAGAAGCCUUCCUCUAAAAAGGCCACCAAAAAUAUGACUUUUCCCCUUAGCGAUUAUCCAGCAGACAGUGCAGCACCAACUAUUCCACACUGUCAUCUGAGCACUGGCAACAAACCAGUCUAUUGCUUUCAGUAUUCAGGUGACGGGAAACAAAUCCUGUGUGGUCUUGGAGACAGCUCGGUGUUAUUGUACAAGUCUUCCCUCACUGGAAAUCCAACUGUCUACACAGGCCAUGGCAAGUCAGUGAGCAGUGUGAGCUGGAGUCUCAACAGACAGUGGUUGUUGAGUGCAUCAGAAGACCAGUCACUCCGAAUCUGGACCCAUGGCAGCGCAGAGCCUGCCAUUGUCAUGGGAAACAGUGCAUUCUCUAAACCCAUAAGAAGUGCUCAGUUUUAUUACCUCGACAAAUUUCUGCUUCUGGGUUCUGGGCCCUCUUUAUGUUUGUAUCUGUAUAAUGUGGACAUCACACGUGAUGACGUCAAAAGAUAUCAACAACGGAGUGUUGUCAAAUUGGCAAGCCGCUUCAUGACAGCAUCAUCAACAGACAUCACUGCCUUGUCUGCAAUCAGUGAUUUCUUUUCUUACAUUGUUCUGGUUUGUGGUUCGGAUCGCUCCAUACAAGUAUUUGACAUGAAUAAGGGAACAGUUGCUUCAGAAGUGCCUGAUGCCCACAGCAGAGCCAUCCACUGCAUUACACAGAACAAGGGCUCCAUGUUCAGCACGCAGGCACCGGAUUCAUACAACCUCUUCCUCACUAGUGCAGUCACAGAUGGUGUGAAGAUUUGGGACCUCCGCACACUAAGGUGUGUGCGGCGCUAUGAGAACCAUGUAAAUCGUUGCCAUCCGUGCUCUUCAGCCAUCUCACCAUGUGGUCGGUUCAUUGCCUCAGGCUCUGAGGAUAACUGUGCCUAUGUGUAUGACAUCCGUAGCAGCAGCUACCUCCACAAACUUCAAAAACAAGCAGACACAGUUCUCAGUGUGACUUUCAACCCAGCCACACCACAGCUGCUGACUGGGACCCUGGAUGGGAAGCUGAGACUGUUUCAGUCCAGCAGUGGGGACUGUCUGUCUCAUGACAACAGUGCUGCUGUGCAUAGCAUCCCCAACAUGACUGCAUAAUUACAGCAGGCUGCUGCAAAGACCAUGCAGAUUUCAUUAAAGCGGUUCCACCCCUCUGGCCAGGAUUUUACUGGGGAAGAAGAACGUAAGGGUUUUUGUUUUUAGUUGGCGAUAAAUGAAGAUAAAAAAAAAAUAGAUACGAGUUUAAAGAGGUUUUGUGUUUCUUGUUGUGUAUCUUUUGUGUUCUUCUCAAAUAGUCAAAAGGACCCACACAUUUCAACUCACUCAUCUUUGUUAGACAUGCACUAUGUAACUCAUUACCUACUGAAAUUCUAACAAAGAUGACUGUAGACUGUCUGUUAUUUAACAUAUCUGUGGUUUAACCGAUUAUGUUUUCAUCUAACUACAUUAUUGUGAUGCAAUAUUUACUCAAGAUAAUUACAGCCAACCUUGCCAAAAACAAUUUUAGCCGCCAUUUUUCCCAUCUGUUGUCCACAUUCUAAUGAUGAAGCAUCAUAUUUUGUUUGUUCAGUAUGUGGAACAGAUUUACUCCUAUAUCACUGGCUACACAACUAUGACCUCAACUGGGUGCAACCUCUUCAGCUGCCAGACACAGAUGCUACUACUGUUCACACUGACACACCCAUCCCCAUUGUCUGAGCUGUACAUUUACUCUUCUCUGCCUUAGUCACAACACAAUGUCAACUACACUGAACUGUAAGAGAACAAAAUGUAAUAAAGUAGGACUCUGACUCCGAAAUAAGAAAAAAUAAAAAGGGCCACAUUGCUGGUAGUGUGCAUGGCAAGUAUCAAUAAAUUGAUACAUCUUGGUUAAA